AUGCUGUUUCCAGAACAACGUACUUGGUACGGCUCGUUCGCUUCUGCUUGCACUGCUCCUGCAUCGUGGAAUGAUUUCAAGUCGGCUAUCAAGGCUCGUUAUGGCAUUAGCGUAUUGGAAGAACGUCAACGUUGUGAGUCUGAUUUGUUGAGCAUUCAACUUUUGCCCGAUGAAAACGUAAAGGCCUUUCUUGAUCGUUUUAAUGACUUGCGUCGUCGAUCCCUGGAUCAAGCCCCAUUCGACUACUUGUUGGCUAAGUUGUUCCUGGAUGCCAUUCCUUGGGUAGUCAAGGAUAAGAUCAACACCAUCCGUCAAUUCAAGGGCAUCAUUGAUAGUUACGAUGUUGACAUUAUCGUCAGUAUCGCUCGUGAAUCACUAUCAACUAUGACCGCAAAUGAGAUUGCUGCCAUCUCAGCACCCGCUUUUACUCGCACUGCUGCUGGAUCUGCUGCAUCACAAUGGGCUCCAGUUGCGUCCCCCCGCCGCUCACAUACCACGAAGGCAUCAUCCUCAUCUACUGAUAGUCCUGCCGAUGUGUCUCGUGCUGGUGUCUCUUCUGGCCGCGUGGGCAAGCCUCACUUCAAGGCUACUAAGUCGUGCACUUUCCACCAUGGAAAGCCUCACAACUACAGUGCGCGAAAAAAACGUUCCAGUGUUUUGCCAAAUUGCACUUAUGGCCAGUUUUCUCUGCAAAUAUCAAAGCUACUAGGGUUUGCUUAG